AUGAAUGCUUCUUUCAUAACAGAAAAGUUGAUAAGCCCAGCUUUAAGCGGGAAAGUAAUCGAGUUUCAUUAUCCCUUCCAACAGUCUCUACGUUAUAACGAAGGUCCCGAAAUACUGGACCUCAUUUGCUCCAAGGAUUUUGAAAACCUGCUGAAAAAUUUUAACCAUGCGGCUGCGACCCGGGCCAAGCUGGUGUUGGUGACCUUUCAGGUCGCGGGAUAUGUUCCACAGCCGGCAUCCAAAGAACUACUAUUUAAAAUUUGUAAUUUUUCUUACAACCGUGCUAUAGACAACGUGAACCUUUUAAACAGCUAUAAAGUAGGAUCGUCUUCUGUCUACGGAGAAAUUACAAUUGAGUGUUUUCAAAAAAUCCUUGACGUCAUACAACCAAAUGAGCGAGACGUCUUUGUUGACUUAGGAAGUGGUGUUGGUCACUUGGUGACAUAUAUUGCUGGAGCAACCCAAGUAAGAAAAGCUAUCGGAAUUGAAAGAGAGCAAAUACCUGCUGGUUAUGCCAAAAGACUCGCUUCAGAAUUCAAAAAGUUAGUUGGGAAGAAAAACUUCCCUAAGCUUGAUUGUUGCGCUAUAAAGGAAAGUAAGUACGUUGUCAUUUGGCCGGUCCAGUGGUGGACCAGUGCUUGUUUUGAAGAGGUAGGGCUAGUUAAGAAUCUAACAUACCGUGGGAUAAUAGAGAGCGGGCACAAGGAAGCUAUCCCAGCACAAAAUGUGGCUGGCACCACUCCGUCGCAAAAGUCUAGUUUGGGGACUUUGUCACUGUCUAUUUCCAUAAGAAUAUUUCGAAAAAUCCUUCAUGACUGCGUAAGUCUCAGCUCCCUCGAGUGCUCUAUAGACAAUUGGGUAGAGAUGACGCGAGGGUCGGCCCCGCAUGCCGUAGUCCCUAGCAGCGAUGAGAACCACCAAUUCAGUCCUAGGUUCACAAUCUUAAUGAAUUGGUUUGGAAAAAUGGUACGGCCAUUUCAACUGUAUGAAGGAGAUUUUUUAGAAGAAAAAUACCGCUGUUUGUUAACGGAAAGAGCAACAGUUCUGUUCAUCAACAACUUUGCCUUCACGCCAGAUCUUGACGAGAGAAUAAAAAAGUAUGAAAUUCAAUCAAACCCUUCGUAG